AUGGCAGCUCCCGUUGGAGACGGCAAAGGGAACCCUGUCGCAUGGGGUCAUCUGCUCGCCCCCGAGCGCCCGUCUCAUAUGCAUUGGCCUUCUUCUGGCCUUCUCCUCCCUCAGUCCUCCUCUUUGUUGCCCCUUUCGUGUCUGGAGUCUCGCGUGUCGCAUUCUGAACGCGAUCGACGUCAUUCUGGAAGGCAGCAGGCCUCUCAGUCGUCUCGUUCCUCUGAAGCACCGGGGGAGAGCGUGAGCGCGACCGCGCCCUCCACUCCCAGUCCUUCUCUCCCUCGCUCGUCGCGUCUGCCGGCGCCUGCCCCUAAAGCCUCACCGUCCUCCGCCUCCUCUCUCACCUCUUCAGCUUCCUCCCCUCCACUUCCGCUAUCCCGCGCGCAUCGGCGGCGCCCGUCGCUUACGCCUUCUUCUCUUCAUCUUCUUCCCCGCGCGAGGCUGUCUGCAGGGCUGGCUUCUUCAGGGCCCUGUCCCUCCUCCUCUGAAGAAGGAGGCUGUUCGCGCUCUCUCUUGUCUCCCUGUGGCUCUUCUUCUCUACGUGCCUCUUCUCGCUUACCCCCCGCAGCGGAGGAGAAGAAAGCGACAAGGGGGCAGGAGACACCCACCCCUGCCGCCGCCUUCCACGUCAGUCUGCUGUCUGAACAAACGGCCGUCUCCCCGGCCUGCGACGGUGGUGAGGGAGGAGACCAGGCGAGGGGGGGACGGUGCGCCGCGCCCGCGCGAGCGAGCCGAGGGGGACGCGACGCUGAGAGUCGCGCGCAGGACGAGCUGCGCGGAGGCAGGGAGAGGGAGGCAAGGAGCGAUGCACCGUCGCCAGCCGAGAGUCAGAAAGUUGCGAAAGCUGCGGAAGACGCGGGGGAAGCGGACGCCGAGGAGGCCGGCGGCAGCCAGAGCCCGACGCGAGUGCGCAGUCCCCCGGGCGACGGCGACGCAGUCGCUCACGGCAGCGGCUGCAGGCUGGGAGUCGAAAGCGAUCGUCGGAGAGCCAGUGCUCGAGGCAAGAGGUCGGUCUUGCCCGCCCCGUCCCGCAGGGGGGUGGACUCAGGGGGAGUCGGGUUCUGCGUGAAAGAAGAUCGCGAACGCGACAAGGAAGACGACGUGGAGGAAGACCUCGCGGCUCGCUUCCACGAUAGUGUCGCCGCUUGGGGGCAUUCUCCACUGGGCCGUGAGAACGCAGUGCAGAUGCGGCAGAACUCUUCUCCUUUUUCGAAUUCGACUUCUGUCGCCCCCCCGGCUUCGAGGGAGCUCGUCGCGUGGGCGCAGUGUCUGUACGCGGAGCUGCGCGAGGCGUGUCUGCUGCAGCCGCCGCCCUUCCACGCGCUUCUCGCUCGCUCGAGGCGCACAGCCGAGGUGAAGCGAGGGGCGGGAGAGAGACUGACUCUCUCCCGAGGCGCGAGCGGAGACGAGGCCGCAGAGCGUCCUCUAGAAACGGAGCGAUGCCAGAGGGAGGAGGACGCCAGGCAGGGCGCGAACGGUCAGGUCAUUGCGGCGCUGCUGGAGACCGUCGAACUUUUGCUCCACGAGCUCCACAGAGAACAACGGGCGCAGCGAGACCAGGAGGAUUUCAUUCUGAGGCGGGGGAGCGAGUGGCGCCGGCAGCAGGACGCUCUGGAUGCUGCGGAGUCGGCUGAGCGAGAGGAAAGAGACCGACGAAGAGCUGCAGAGAAUGCGGCGCUCAGGGCCACGGAAGCGAGCCGCGACGCCCUGCGGACUCUCAGACAGCGCCACGCACUCGUAAUGGAGAAAAACCGCGCGCUGACCGCCGUCGUCCGGCGACUCAGCGUGGAUCUGAGGAAGAAGGAAAGACUCUGCGACAAGCUGAAAGCCUCCCUCGGGACUCUUCUUCCGCUUCCCUGCCAGCAGCGCGUGCAGCAGCUCACGCCGUCGUUCGAGAUCACGGCGCCUCUCUCGCGGCACGCUGCGUUGUCGCCGCCGUCGCUCGGCGUCCCAAACCCUUCGGCUGCUCAGGCGGCUCGGCGGAGGAGUUGCCUGCCGUCGCCUCGGCGGGCCCCGAGGCACUCGUCUGCGUCUCCUGUCGGGGGCUCUGGGUCUCCUCGUGGGGCGGCACAGAGCGGCGAGUCGCCGUCGCCGCUGGAGACCGUGGGCGCUUUGGAAGAGGCCCUCGAAGCCUGUUUCGUCCGCGAGGUGGAGCUGGUGCGUGUGGCGCACAAGCAGCGAGACAGAACGCGGACUCUCGAGUUCGAAGUGAAGCAGUUAAAGGCACAGCUCGCGGCGGCCCGCGAGUCCAUGGCGCAAGAGACGCUAGCGAAGAGAGCGCGAGCGCGCGGAGGCCAGCGGCGUGGGUUAGAUGCGACGUCGCGGAAGUCGUCUGGAGCGGCGAGCCGAAGAAAUGCAACGUCGUCAAGCAUCUCCCGCGGAGAGCCCGAGAGACCGGGGGCCCGCGAUUCAAGCGCCUCCCCAGACAGGCAGCUGCGCAGGGACGCCGCUGCCGCUGCAGCCUCGCGUUCCGCUUCAGCGGCCCCAACUCUCGAUGCGGAGCUGGCGAGGGAGCGGCCGGAGGAGAAGAGGGCGUGUGCGGAGGACAACAAAGAGGGGAUGCGUGUCGGUACAUCACGCCCAGUCGGCGGAGAGCGAGUCGGCGCGGUCGCGGAGCACGCAGUAAUCUCCUCUCGCCCUUCGGAUGCCUCUGCGUGUUCGUCAAGAAACGACCCCGGCGUCCAGCUCUAUGAAAACGAGCCUUCUGUACCUUGUUUCGGAUCUGGGAGACCUGUGAAGCAUUGUCCCUCUCCCUCUGCGUCGCUGUGCGUUGCUGCGUCUUCGCCUGUCGCCUUGAUUGCGUCCCCAGCCCCCGAAGCAGUUCUCCCCCCCGCUUCUGCUGCGCCAGCGGCACCGCAGGGCUCGCUGCAUCCGAAGGAGGGACUCUCGAUGGAAUCUGAGAAACGCGAUCCCCACUGGACGGCGAGCGAGGCCAGCACGCGAUCCACGAGUCGCUGCGGCAGUGCACUGAGCCCGUCGGCCGGGAGCUUCUUCCCCAGUCUUCACGGGCAGCACCGAGAAGCAGCGAAGCCGCUCCACGCCAUAACGCCUCCGGCGCCUGCAGAGACCGAGGAGCUGGAGGAUGAGGCCGGCAGAGGCCAGCUUCCAGAAGGCGGCGGCGCAGAUGCGGAAACGGGCGUCCGGCGAGGAGGCCGAGCGGCGGAAAGACACCACGUGCGCGCAGGAGAGGAAGGAGAGGAUCAUAACGAGAGAGAGACGGAGGGAGAACGACGAGGCGGGGAACCAACGCAGCGGCAACGAGAAGCAGCCUCGACGCGUAGACGGAGUGGCGCAGGUCACGAAGGCACGGCGUACCGCCGUUGCAGUCUGCAGGAGCAGAGCGAGCCAGAGGAGCCGCAUGAAUCCGAGAUAUCUGAAAGCAGCGGCCGCACACCGGCCGGCGGAGUUGCGUUGAGCGCGCUGGCUGCAGUGCGUGACGAGAAAGGGUCGCCUUCGUUCGGAGGCGGAGGCGAGCGCGCGCAAAGACUCAACGGGGCUUCCCAAUCGGCGUCCGUCGCGGGAGGAAACUACGGGGACGUGGCUGGUGUUCUCGGUGCCUUCGAAGGUGCGCCCGCUUCGCUAUUUUGUUCGCCGCCGUCUUCUACCGCAUUUUCCUCUCCGUUUACGUUUUCGCGUCCUUCCCCCCCUCUCGGCGCCGCGUCACCGCCCGCACCGGCGCCGCAAAGGCCUCCGUUUGCGAGGGAUUUCGAGUUCAGGCAGCCCUGCGCGAUCGGGGUCGGCGAAGCGCGUCCGACGCGAGGCGCCGCGCACGAUCUUCCUCCUCCCUCGAGGGGAGAAGGAGGACGUGGCGACCACGCACGCGAGGCCUACGACGCGCAGAGGCACCAGCUCCUCUUCUCGUCGCUUCUCCAGACUGAGGGCUCGCCGUCGGGGGCCCACGAGGCAAGCUCGGCGUCGCGUCCUGCGAGGGGGCCGGUCGCUGCGCCUCCGGCUUCUGCUGAGUCGGCAUGGCCUCAGCGGGUCCGCCUCGAGACGCCGCACUUCGCUGGCGCCGAGAGUGGCGUCCGCGGGCGAGUCUCCAUUGCCCAGCCACGCCGCUUCGCCCUGCCGCAGGGGCCCCCGCAACCCGCGGAGGCCCUUCCCGGUGGCGAGGGUGGGCAGCCUUUCGCCGCGCCUCUCGCGGACACCUCGCCGAAGACGCCGCAGCUGCUGGCUGCCUCGAUGUCGCUGCGUCCUCAAGGCGCUGUGUGCGUCGCGGCGCCGGCGCACAGGCGCUCGCCGUCGCACACCUCGUCGCCGCGUCUCCUCCACGAGGCCGCUGCGAGGGGGGAAGAGGGCGCGGCUUCUCUGUUUGGGCCUUCGCCUGCGCCGGCGGAGGCUUUCCGAGUCGGGGGGAGUCUCGGCUUCCGGCAGAGACAGGCGCCGUUCGAGCCGGACGGCGCCGGCGGCCUCGGCGGCGCCUGGCCCGUCCUGCUGUGGGAGCCGCCUGGCGGCGGCGUGGACUGCGCGAGUCCGUUCAAGAGGCGAGGAGGCAGAGCGGCGCAGGCGAGCCGCGCCGCUCUGCCUCCGAGUUUCCUCCCUUCCGCGUCGCCGCGGCCGGUCUCGCCCUUCAGCAAGACCAGCAGCUUCAUGAGCGCCAGCCACGCCAGCAGCGCUGUCGGCGGCAGGUGCAGCGGAAGCAGCUUUAUCUCUGUGAGCAACAGCUCCGGGGGGGAGGCGGCGCCCUGGGGUUUCGAUAGACCGGGGAAACCCCUGUACACAGGGCGGAGAAGCGCGCUGGAUGCGCGGCAGAAGAGGUGUGGAUGGACGGCCCCGCGGGCCGUUCUGCGGCGAGCUGCGCCAGACGAAAAAGUGGCCUUCCGCGUUCAGCGUAAAGGGGGAAAUUCGUUUGAAGGGUGUGUCCUGCGGAUGCAGGAAUCGGCGCAGCCGAUAUUUGAUAUUGGGGGGGUGCGGAUUCUUCACGCUUUCCAGCGUGGGCCUCUGUACUGGACGACUCCCCCUUUUCUGAACUCCCCCGUCCUCAGUGCGGAAGUUUAG